AUGUCAGCUACUGACAUGUCCGGUGUGCUCGACACUCUCCGGCUCCUGUACCGGCACGUACAGACCCUGGAGGAGUUUGCGAGCAGCGUCGUGUUCAGAGAGGGACAGAGAGCAGUUCUCAUCGAGCAGUCAGACACAAACCGCUUCAAAUUGUUCGUCAGAGGCGUUUUUGUGUGUUUUGACAAGGAGCUACAGCAAAUACCAAGCUGCAACCAGAUCUGCACUCUGCCUGAGCUCCUGGCUUUUGUGCUCAACAGCCUGAAGAGAAAAAGAAAAAAAAACGUCUUGGCACACGGCUAUAGCUAUCUCUCUCUGGCUCGGGAGGAUCGGGACGCUGAUCAGUUCAAAUUCCAAGGCGAUGUGACUCAAAGUGCUGCCUACAUCCACGGCAGUGACCUGUGGAAGAAAGUCACGGUUCGUCUCGGCACAGACCUCACACGGUACCUUCUGGAGAGAUGCUCUGUGUUUGUGGCAGUUCCUCCGUCAUGUGUUUUCCAGGUGUGCGGUCUUCCAGUCUAUGACAGAAUGUCCGUGACCACCGCCUCCAGUGGGUUUUCUCUCCAGCUUCGACAAAGGAAGCAUAAUUGUACUCUGUCUCGAAGGUAUCAAAGCUCAAUGAUUUUGAAAAGGAGGCACACAGUGGAGAAUCCUGCAGUGGGUAAGAAGAGGAAGGGAAGGAAUGUAAGAGCAAAGAUGAGGAAAAGACAGAGGAGAACUGAUGAAGAUGAGGAGGACAUUAUGACUUGUUCAAGAAAGAGGAGCCGUGUGGCAUACCAUGAACACAAACAGAAAAUUCAACAGGUUUGCGAUGAGAGAGUGGAGAAGGGACAGCCCAUGCCUGUGGAAUCAACACUAUCUAUGAAAACUAUGGAAAAUAGCGCGACUGAUUUCAAACAGUCCGUUGAAAUGCCAACUACUUUACUUCCCUUGGAGGGUGGUUCUUGCUGGAAAUCAGGGAUUUUCCCUCCUUUGCCACCUUCACAGUGUUUUUUCCGCACACUGGGAUUCAUGUACGGAGGCAGAGGCAUGCGAGGCUUCCUUCUCAACAGGAGGAAGAAGAGCGCUGAUGUAUCCAGAAGGCUGCAGGGGCAAGAUUUGGUAAGAGUCAUCUUCUUUGAAGGACUGGUUUAUUUAAACGGGCUAGAGAGGAAGCCAAAAAAACUCCCUCGGCGCUUCUUUAACAUGGUUCCGCUGUUUAAUCAGCUGCUACAACAACACAGGCGAUGUCCCUACAGCAGAAUACUGCGGAGGAUGUGCCCAGUGGUUGAGGAGAGCAGUGCAGCACAGGGAGAAAUUAACUCCCUCCUACCACAGUACUGUGCGCCUCACCGGGUCUACCUGUUUAUCAGGGAUUGCCUCUCUGCUGUGAUCCCACUAGAGCUGUGGGGCUCCGACCAAAACAGAAUUAAUUUCUUAGCCAGGGUGAGAGGCUUCUUGCGCAGCGGCAAAUUUGAAAGACUCUCACUCGCUGAACUGAUGUGGAAAAUGAAGGUGAAUGACUGCGAUUGGUUGAAGAUCAUUAAAACGGGUCAUUUCCCACCCAGCGAACUUGCAUAUCGGACACAGAUCCUGGGUCAGUUUUUGGCCUGGCUACUGGAAGGCUAUGUUAUGGGCCUCGUUCGAGCCUGUUUUUAUGUCACAGAAAGUGUCGGGCAGAAAAAUGCCAUCAGGUUCUACAGACAGGAAGUCUGGACCAAACUGCAAGACUUGGCCUUUAGGGCUCACCUCUCCAAAGGCCAGAUGGAGGAGUUGACUCCAGCUCAGGUGGCAUCCCUCCCCAAAGGCACCGUCAUCUCCCGCCUUCGCUUCAUUCCCAAGACUGAUGGCAUGAGACCGAUCACACGAGUCAUCGGAGUAGAUUCCAAAACAAGGCUCUACCGAGGACGUGUCCGGGAUUUGCUGGACAUGCUGCGAGCCUGCGUGCGCUCCACUCCGUCCCUCCUGGGCUCCACAGUGUGGGGGAUGACGGAUAUCCACAAGGUGUUGUGCUCUCUGACGCCAGCCCAGAAGGAGAAACCACAGCCUCUCUAUUUUGUCAAGGUGGACGUGAGUGGAGCCUAUGAGAGUCUGCCACAUGACAAACUCAUAGAAGUGAUUGGCCAGGCCCUGUCACCUGUCCAGGAGGAGCUCGUCACCAUCCGCCGCUAUGCCAAGAUCUGGGCAGAUUCCCACGAAGGCCUGAAAAAAACCUUUGUUAGACAGGCAGAUUUCCUGGAGGAUAACAUGGGAUCCACCAACAUGAAGGGGUUUCUGAUGUCACUGCAGAGAGCAGGCAAAGUUCAUCACGCCAUCUUGGUAGAGCAGCAUUUCUGCUCAGAUCUUCAUGGCAAAGAGGCCUUGCAGUUCUUUACCCAAAUGCUGACUGGCAGUGUUGUUCAGUACGGGAAGAAGACGUACCGUCAGUGUCGAGGGAUUCCUCAGGGAUCAGUUGUGUCUAGUCUGCUCUGCUGUCUCUGCUACGGUCACAUGGAGAAUGUGCUGUUCAAAGACGUUAUUCAAAAGAAAGGGCGUUUGAUGAGACUUGUAGACGACUUCCUACUGAUCACACCAGACCUGCACGAAGCACAGACCUUUCUCAAGAUUUUGCUGGCCGAAGUACCACAGUAUGGCCUGGUGGUCAACCCACAAAAGGUGGUGGUCAACUUUCAAGUGUCAGGAAACGUGGGCACUUGUCCUAACAUCCGCGUGCUGCCCCCUCGCUGCCUGUUCCCCUGGUGUGGACUGCUGCUGGACACCCACUCACUGGACGUCUACAAAGAUUACUCCAGCUAUGCAGGUCUGUCCCUGCGUUACAGCCUAACUUUGGGCUCUUUCCACUCAGCCGGACAGCAAAUGAGGAGGAAACUAAUGGGUAUCCUCAGGCUCAAGUGUCAUCCGCUGUUCUUGGACCUGAAGACCAACUCUCUUGAGGCGGUCUACAAGAACAUCUACAAGUUGGUGCUGCUGCAUGCAUGCAGGUUCCAUGUGUGUGCACAGAGUUUGCCCUUUGGUCAGACGGUUGCUAAGAACCCUGCUUACUUCCUGCAGAUGAUAUGGGACAUGGCACGCUAUGCCAAUAAGCUCAUCAGGCUCAGCAACAAAGGACUGAUUUUAGGUAGUAAAGCCCAGACGGGCAUUCUGCAAUAUGAAGCAGUGGAGCUGCUUUUCUGUCUUUCCUUCUUGCUGGUGCUGUCACGCCACUCUCUUCUCUAUAAAGAUCUGCUCUCACACCUGCACAAACGAAAGCGCAGUCUGGAGCGACGCCUCGGAGAUCUGAGGCUGUCCAGGGUCCGACAGGCCGCUAACCCCAGAACCCCAGCUGACCUUUUGGCCAUCCAGACGUAAGACGAGCAGCGAGCCCCACGUACAAUUUCCAACACAACCAAAGAAAACUAUUAAGAGCUGAAAGGUAUGAAUAAGUAUUUAUUUAGUCCAGUUUUCCUAAAAUGUUUUGACUUUUGUUUAUGUGGUCGCAUAAAGUUCAUUGGAGUUUUGUCAAAAUGAAGACAUUGUACAUAAUCUAAUGUUUAGGCUUUGUGAGAGUGAGAUGAACAGUGAAAUCAGCAACGUUGAUUUAUCCUGCAUAACGUGUAAUGUAUGUCAAAAUGUCAGACAAAUUAGUUGACAACAAAGCAUUCAAGUCAUCUGAUAUAAAAGACUUUAGUGAUAAACCUCAGUCAUAAACACGCCCUAUAAAACAACAACAAUGAGAUCAGUAAAGAUUGAUGAUAGAACAUUAUUGAGCUUCUGUACUGGAGCAGGCGUCAUCCCUCAGCUAUUUGUCUUUUUGGACUUUGAUUUACACUUUGUGGUAGUUUUCCACUGUGGAAAACUACUACAAAGAAGACAUGGCGUCACUUAGAAAAUAAUUUACAUGAAAAAGUGCACAGAAAUGUUGUUGUUGGAGUGAACAAGUCAAAUGUUGUUUGUACAAGGUGAUGUAUUUCCAGUUUUAUACAAUAAAGUAAUGAUAAUUACAAGGACAUUUUCCCUUGAAAAUGAAUCAGAUAUAAGAACUCACGCAAUGUUUUGUGACAUUUAAAACAAAUGUUAAACCUACAUGUGUGUUUGAAUAUAUGGUUUUAGAAAUGUGGAAUCAAAGAAGGCUGUGUUUUUCACUUUCAGAGGUUCUGCUGAAUGUUAUUUACAUAAUGUACAGUACAAAAAACAAUGUAAAAGUCUUACUGUUAAAAUAAAUCCAGGUUUGUUUUUGAGG